AUGUCUACAGCAACUAACCGUGCAGCAGGUCUUCCUCCUGGGCUCCAGCCGUCAAGCAGUACGAAUCAAAACAACUCGGUAAAUAAUGGCAACUCCUCCAAUGGAGCUGCCGACAUCGACAGCUUUGGCCUCAAGGGCAUUGCUCCGCUUUUAAGAAUGGAUCAGACGGAGCAGAAUCUGUUUGCAUUUGGCCAAGAUAUUCAGCUCUUAGGCUUUGACUUGAACGACAAAUCUAGCAUCUUGAAAAACAUGGCAUCUCCCUGGCAAGAAACCAGCCGUACGGAAGUGGAACCUUACUUCCUGUUACCUAAAUCAAUCCAACAGUCCACCAUCAUACCGCCUCCUGAGCCUUGUGAUACGAAAAUCCUGUCGUUUGCCGACGAGACGCUUUUCUACAUUUUCUACACGAAGCCUCGUGAUACUUUACAAGAAUACGCUGCUAGGGAACUAGUUGCUAGAAACUGGCGGUACCAUAGAGACAUUCAAGUCUGGCUUACAAAGGACUCGAAUGUCGAGCCUGUGCUCAUUAGCCCUGACGUUGAAAGGGGUGUCUACAUAUUCUUCGACCCCCACAACUGGGAAAAGAUCAGAAAGGAAUUUGUCCUACAUUAUUCCUCCGUGCAAGCUUAG